CUGCGCGUCAGCUUAGCUAACCAAAACACAAUUUCUUGUAAAUUUAAAAUUUAAUAAUACAAUUAAAAUAAUGGAUUUAGAUGCACAAUUAAGACAGUUUAAGGACUUUCUUCAGCUGUAUAAUAUCAUCACAGAAAGAUGCUUUACAUCGUGUGUUGAUGGAUUCUUUACACGAGAAGUUGAGAAUCAAGAGGAUUUUUGCGUGAGAAACUGUGUCGAUAAAUAUGCCAAUACCAAUCAAUUAAUAAUGAAAACAUAUGUUGAAGUACAAGGCAAAAUAAAUGAAAAGAGAAUGGAAGAAUUCACAAAACAGCAGCAAGAACUGCUUGAAAAACAAGCACAGGAACAACAAAUAGAUGUUAAUAGCCCAAUCAUACAGUCAGAAGAAAAACCAGCAACUUAAUUUAUUUUUUCAUAACUAGUUUAAGUUAGUUCAUUAUGAAUUCUGUAAUAAAAUGAUGAUGAAAUUUGACCUGGAAUAAAUGUUAAAAUCAGCAAUAAAAGAACUUCC